AUGCCGGAAUUUUCUCUAGCUUAUACGGAUUCCGAGUCGGAGGAUAAUCUUGACAACGAGCAAGAGAUGGCCAACCCACCGCCUCCUCCACUUCUACAAGACUAUGACCACCCCGAUGCAUUCCAACUUCGGAGUGGCAUACUUCUUCCCACCACCAAUGCAAACAACUAUGAGUUCUCUCCUCAACUCAUAAGGAUGAUCCAAAGUGAACAGUUCGGGGGGAGUGCAAAUGAGUGCCCUCUAGCUCAUUUAGACAACUUCCUUGAGUUGUGCACUACCAUCAAGCAAAACAACCUCACGGAGGAAUUCAUUUGGAUGCAUAUGUUUCGGUUCUCUCUUAGGGACAAGGCUAAGUGUUGGUUGAGGUCCGUGAAAGAAGGAUCCUUAACAACAUGGGAAAAGGUUACCAAAGCAUUUCUUGGGAAGUUUUGUCCGCCCGAAAAGACCGCGGAAUUGAGAAGGAAGAUUACAAGCUUCACUCAAGAGGAUGAUGAAACCUUAGGUGAAGCAUGGGAAAGAUUCAAGGAUCUAAAGAGGAAGUGUCCACACCAUGGGUUGCCUUUAUGGAUGAUUAUUCAAAGCUUCUACGACGGUCUCACUCCUACCUCAAGGGCCAAUCUUGACAACGGAGCCGGUGGUAGUCUUAAAAAGCUACCGGUGGAAGAAGCCGAGAAUAUGAUUGAAGAAGUUGCAAGGCAUUACGCCUAUAGAUAUGAUAGAAGAGAAAGUCAACCGAAGAAGAAAGGUAUGCAUGAGUUGAGUGCAAUAGAUCUCAUUGCCUCAAAGUUUGAUAUGCUAGCUCACAAGCUAGACCAAGCAACCUCCUCAAGCGGUACCUCCUCUUCACAACCACAACCACAAGUCAUGUCUUGUGAGACUUGUGGGGGUAAUGAUCACAUGGCUUCAUAUUGCAAUGCUACUAAUGAGCAAGUUGCGGCCAUGAACCAAAGAAAUGAGCAACCUUUCAAUCAAGGUUGGAGGCAACAAAACCAAGGGUGGAGACAACCCAAUCAAAACCAACAAUCCAACUACAAUAACCCUCCUCAAAACAUCUACAACCAAAAUCAACAAAAUCACCAAGCCCCAUACCGCCAUCCAAACCAACAAAGACAGCAAUUCAACCAACAACCUCCUCCACCCCAAAAGACUUCCCUUGAGGCCGCUCUUGAGUCUUUCAUAAAUCAACAAGGGAAGAGCAAUGCAGAAAUGAGCUCCAACAUCCAACAACUUCAAGCGCACAACAAAAUAAUUGAGAAUCAACUAGCUCAAAUUGCACAACAAGUUGGGAGUUCUACCUCCAAUGCUAGUGGUCAAUUUCCAAGCUCAACGGUUGUGAAACCCAAAGGAGCAUGUCAAGGCUAUCACAUUGAGGUCCGGGAGAGGGUAUGA